GCCCUCGCAAUCGCUGGUUAUAGAGUCACAACCCCCGCCAUGUCGAAGCGUACAGCAAAAGCCCAGGCAAGCAGCGCGCGCGCCGCCACCACAGCGGGAUUUGGUGCAUUUGGCGGCGUACCCACUGCUUUUGGCGCAAGCUCGUCACCGCUCUCAUACGUAUCGGAACCCCCAGACGUGUCGGCCAUCUCGGAUCCGAAUGUUGUAGUGUACCUUAGGAAUCUCUCCAAAAAGGACAGCACAACAAAGGCAAAGGCGCUAGAGGACAUACAAGCGCAUGUCGCUUCACUUGAGAGCCCGGUGGAGGAAGGAUUGCUGGAGGCAUGGAUCAAGAUGUAUCCGCGUACUUCAAUCGACAAUGCGAAAGCCGUUCGCCAGAACGCCCAUCUCCUCCACGGCCAAUUCGCCGCAUCCGCCGGCAAGCGCAUCGCCAAAUAUAUGCCAAAAAGCGUCUCUGCAUGGUUAUGCGGGCUCUACGAUAGCGACAGGUCCGUAGUAGAAGCAACACAGACCUCUUUGCGACAAGUCUUCAACACACCCGAAAAGCUGCAAAGCAUCCGCAAGAUCUACCAACAACCCAUACUAGAGUAUUGCCGCGACGCCAUCGACAAGGAAAGUCCAACGACUCUCAGUGAUGAGCGGACGGUCACCAAAGAUGAUGCCGAAGCCAAGUACAGCCGCGUCAUAUCAGCAUGCGUAUCUCUACUGGGCAGCUUGCUAGCUAAUCUGCAGCCCGAAGAGCUUUCCAAGUACCAGGCCGACUACGAAAGCCUAUUUGGCGACAAGAAACUGUGGGGCUUCUCAUCUUAUGGUGAAGCUGGAAUCCGGCGAUCAGUGCAUCGCCUUCUCAAGAUUUGUUUGGCAAAAGAGGAUGAUGCUAUCCAGCAAAAUCUGACCAUCAUCAGCAAAGCCUACCUCGCGGAAGCAUUAAAUUCUGAUCAGACAGGUUCUGUCAGCGACUAUGUCGAGACUCUGACUCUCCUCACUGCCAAGCAUCCUACCGUAUGGACAUCCGACUACACAAGCAAAACAGCGGUUGACAGGCGUCUGCGACAAUUCUUGAAGAAAGGAUCUCAGUUUGGACCUCGCGACUUCUGGACACGCUUGAUUGAACUCUUCAAGGUUAUACCAGGGGACGUCUUGCCACAACAAGCUACUGACACGGCAGAGUUAUUGAAUGCUUUGCAUAGUGGUAUUGUGCGCAAGGAUGAGCCAAAGUACACUCAUGAAGCAGCCUUUGGUGCGUAUCUAGAGAUAGCUGGCCUUCUUAGUCAGAGACUGCAAGAAUCGGAGAGGACGACGCUGUUGAAAGAGAUGGUAUUGCCUAUAAUCACGCAUUAUCUGCAGCCUACAUUGGAGACUUCACAUUGGGCAAUACCGUCCAAUGCGACAAGGUUGAUACCAAAAGCUCUCGGUAUUGAAGGAAUGGUCACAGUCCUCUUGGAGCGAUGGGCCGAGUUUUCGCAGCGACUCAUUGACGGUAUCAAAAUCUCAGCCCCAGAGCAGUCGAAAGACUACGAAAAGUCACAAACAGCUGUUGCUCAACAAGCCAUACAAUUUUCAACUCUGCAACAUGAAGCGCUUGAGAUAGAGGCUUUAGCAGCACUUCGUCCCGUCAUUGUACAGGCAUGCAAUUCGAUAAUAGCGGAAGCUCUUGAGGUCCUCAAAAAUAGGCGAGGGAAACCAUACGGCGCCGCCGCCGCUAUUGCGGCUGUCCUGAAGCAGAACCGUACUCUGAUAUCAUCAUCUCAAGCAGAACGAGAUCUUGAGCUCUUCAUACAACACGAUCUACCAGAACUUGUGUUGUCACCGUCAUCUUCAUACCUAAUCGACGUGUUGUACUCAAAGUCUGACAGUGCAAUUUUCAAGGAUGCGUGGAGCGCAUCUUUGAAGGCAGUUCUGAAGGAGACCGACUCUGCAACCAGGACCAAGGCACUUGAGGGAAUUCUUACCUCUUCCAGGAUACCACCAGACUUUGAUCUCGCAACCUCAGACCCGGAGUUACAAAAAUAUAUCAUAUCCAACGUACAUGAAGCUGUAGAAGGCUCAACCGAGUGGGACUCCUUCAAUCGUAUGCUUCAGUCGCCAGCAAAGAUCCUAUCUCCCGACACAACGGACGAUAUCCUUGCUUACAUGACAGAAACCCUCUCAAUAUCGCAACAAGCCCCAUACUCGCUGCAAGGUUUACGCCAAAUCGUCAAGUCCAAACCAUCAAUGCUUCGCGAGUUCCUUGUCCAGCCAAAAGGCUCUGGCCUUCUACAAGGAUUGCUUCUCGCAUCUGAAUCCCCCAAUGAUGAAGUGGCUCAGGGCGCCACAGCUGUCAAUGCGUCAAUUCAGACCAUAUUGUCAUCCGGUUCUGAUUCUAAACAAUCUAUGUACGACCUUAUCCAACAGGGUCUGCGCGAUGCUACCUCAACGUCAGUUUCGGUCGAGACUCUUGUUGACUUAGCAAAACAAUUCGUCAAGGCUGGGGCUGAAUGGGAUCAAAUUUCCAAGGUAUUCCCCAGCAUUGAUGAUUGGAAUGCAGCCCUUGAGCCUUUUCUCAAUGCUGCGCCCAAGUCAUCGUUGGCCAUCACAAAUCCCCUGGGCGGUGCUGUCUACCUUGUCACGUCAGACCAGUCGCCAUCCAAAAUCAUUAACAUGCCUCGGGAUGUUGACGGCUACUCUAUUGCAUAUCGAAUCACCCAAUACGUAACCAGGCUCUUCAAGAAUCCCGACCUCUUCUCUGUCAACAUGGUCCCAUCGGAACUGAAGGAUGCCUAUGUUCGCAACAUCGCAGUCGCUGUGCAGCUUGCAAACGACAACCUGGGUCUUGCAGGCGCCAACGGACUCUGGGCGCACUAUGAUUCGGAUAUCGAAUCAGAUGUGAUGACCUUUAUAUCGGAUGCCCAAUCGUUCGUAGCACAGGAAUUGCGGACGCUAGCCGCUACUUGGUCAAACGACAGCGCAGAAGCGUCUCUCAUGACUUGGGCUAACGCACUUCUCUCGAGCAUUGGCGACGACACCAACGCUCCCACAUAUUACUAUGCACGGACAUAUAGCGUGCUAAUUGCGGAUGCUAUUGAGGCUGCUAGCUGGAAGAGCUCUCAAACAGCUCAGUUGCAGGACAUGCUCAAGGCGAUGCGGAAAUCGAAAAACAUUUUCCAAGUGCUGGGACUGCUGAACGGAUUCAAGGAGCCAUUAUCGGCUUCGAGAGCCUGCCAGAGAAUGUGUAGCGAAAUUCUAGCCGACUUUGCGGGCCUGGAUGCCGAGGAUAAAUCCCUGGAUGCUUUACGGAAUCUUAUCCAGCUGAACAGUGUGCUGAGCGAGGAUGAUUUUGUGGAAGAGAGCGCCAAACACCGCGUGCUACUUUUCGUCACUCACGUAGUUCCGUGGCUUGAGGAGAACCAAGUUCCGCAAUCCGUCAAAGCGGAAUUGUGCCGGGCAUUCCUGGUAUUGCUUCCCGUCAUAGGCGACCGAUAUGGCGAUCAUUGGAGCAGUAUCCUCAAUGCGCUCGCUAAGAUCUGGUCGGCCACGACAGAGCUGGAAACGAACGAGUCAGGCAUGGACAGCCCGAUACCCCUCGUGCAUGCAUCACUCAAGCUAUACGCCCAACUCCGCACCUUGGUUCAGGCCGAAGAGCCAAACGAUGAUCUUGUCGACGCCUGGAAGGAGACAGAGCAGAGUGUUGCUGAUGGAUUGAUCAACGUCCUCAAGCAUUCCCAGCACUUCCCCGACGAGUUCCAUCAGCCUUUGAAGAUGGUGAAUGAUGUGCUAGCGCGUCAGAUAUCGAAAGUUUCACUCAAAAAUCUUGAAUCGACCGAGGAGCUCUUUCCAUUGUUGUAUGUGGAGUCGCAGCCUGUUCAACAGACUGCGUUCGACAUUCUGCACAAGCAAAUUCCUGCAGCCCAAGAGCAGAUUUCUAUUGACGCAGCGUUGGAGAAGUCGACUGCUCGUCUGCCAGAAGAGCUGUUAUCUCUGAUCAUUGAUCCUCCUACAGUGGCGGCAUUGGCUGGAGCAAACCUCGAACGGAGCGUACCUUUGUCGUUACGAGGCUACCUGCUUAGCUGGAGGCUAGUCUUUGAUCAUUUGGAACAUGCGUCGUUUAAGGUCAAAAAUGAUUAUGUCGAGCAUAUUCGAGAGGGUGAUUACUUGCCCGGCCUGCUUGAUUUCACAUUUGAAUUCCUUGGGCAUGCGCACAACCGGCCGGUCGACGUUUCUAAGCUUGAUAUUACGACAUACGAAGCGGAUGUUGAGCCUCCCAAACGGGAGCUCCAAUGGCUACUGACGCAUCUGUACUUCCUGUGCCUACGCGACGUCCCAUCGCUCACAAAGUCGUGGUUCAAGAACUGCAAAUCUCGUGCUAUUGUAGUCUCGCUCGAGCCCUGGACGGAGAGAUUUGUCUCUCAGCCCGUCAUUGUCGCUGCGCUCGAUGCAGUUGCUAAAUGGUCCGAAGAGCAGGCAGCAGCUGAGCCCGAUUCGCCCUUUGCAGUGAAGGUAGUCUCUCGCGCUCGUGAGAUUACGGCGUCUUACAUUGUUGAUGAGCAAACAAUGGCAAUGCGCAUCUCUCUCCCUGCAGCUUUCCCUCUGGCAAAUGCCAAUAUUGAAGGCCUCAAUCGCGUCGCCGUCAACGAAACAAAAUGGCAGUCCUGGCUCCGCACUUCAUUGGGAGCCAUUACCAUUUUCAACGGGUCACUCAUUGACGCGCUGACUACUUUCAAGAGAAACGUGGACGGAGCGCUCAAAGGACAGAGCGAAUGUGCAAUUUGCUACAGUAUCGUCGGCUCAGACAGGAAGUUGCCCGACAAGAAGUGCGCGACUUGUAAGAACUUGUUCCAUGGUGUUUGUUUAUUCAAGUGGUUCAAGAGCAGCGACAGUCCCAGCUGCCCGCUUUGCAGGACGAGUUUCCAAUAUGCCUAG